GGCUGCCUGACAACGCCCAACUCCCCAUCUGUGAAUUCCCGUUCCAUUACGUUGGGUCCAUCCCUCUCACUCAGCAACAUCUCAGGGGUGUCUGUGAAGUCGGACCUGAAGAAGCGGCGGGCACCCCCUCCUCCGACCCUGCCAGGCACGGGGCCACCAGCGCAGGACAAGGCCUCGGAAAAGGUAUCUCUGGGGUCCCAGAUUGACCUGCAGAAAAAGAAGAGGCGGGCGCCAGCCCCCCCGACGCCACAGCCCCCGACGCCAAGCCCCCUGGUGCCCCCUCGCACGCAGGACAGGGAGGAGAACAGGAAGAGCACCACGGGUGUUGGACGGCAGGUGCCACAAAAGCCUCCCAGAGGCUCUGCUCGGGGGCCCCCCCAGUUAGUGCUCCCCCCGCCCCCACCCUACCCUCCUCCCGACACAGACGUGGCGGAGCCUCUCGGCUUUCCUGGGGAGAGUACUGGUUCCGAGGCCUCGGACCUGAGACCCACACUGAGCCUGCCCCUGGGCCCCAGCAGUCCCUGCGGCACGGACAAGGUCCCGCCGGUGCCGUGUGAGGCCGAGGAGACCGUGUCUGUCAGCAGCUGUUUCGCAUCAGAAGACACAACUGAAGACUCUGGAGUGGUGAGCUCCCCCUCAGACAUCAUCUCCCUGGAUUCCCAACACGACAGCAUGAAAUCCAAAGAUAAGUGGGCCACAGACCAGGAAGACGGCAGUGACCAGGACCUGGCUGGAACCCCAGAACUGGGUCCCCACAAGAGCCCCACCUGGGAGAGGAACGGCUCUGGGAACUGGCAUCCAAGGUGCCCUUGCUCGUGUAAAUCACUGAGAAGAUCAGAUUGUGGCAGAAACCCACCUGUGAGCCAUCCACAGUCACCACUGGAGGACGCCGCGUGGCAGGGGGCAUCGGGAUUUGGUGCACUUUCUUGUCUACAGGCCAAACUCACACAAUUGAUUUUCAGUCCUGCAAAAUGUUUCCAAGGGAGGGCGAGAUGCUGCUCAGCCGUGCAGCUUGUUGUGUGCCAAGGAAACAUGUUUGCCUCUGAAUAUUUAAAGUUGCCAAUAAACUAUUCUUGUUGGCAGGUUAAUGGGGAUAUGAAUGCUGGAGUCCAACACUACACUGAAUUAUGGUGACCUUAGACUGAUUCUGGACCUUUGAGAUUUUACCACAUAGAGAUGGUUAAGACCAUUUAGCUGUUCGAAAUCUUUUGAAUUCUAAGGAAAUAUGUAUAAACCAAUUGAAACAAUCUGAAUGUAAUACACUCUGUGAUGUUUUGGCAGUAAGAAAGGAGCAGAAGAUGACUGUUGCAUAAUGAAACCAUUGGAUUUUUAUCCCACAAAAAUGUGGGGUUACAACCUCGCAGAGGGUCACAGACCAUGAUCUGACCAACUAAGCUUUUAGAAAAUCAACGGUUAUCACCCACAAUAUGAUCACACCUGAUGUCUGGACAGGCAUUUCUGAUUCUCCGAGGGUGACAGUGACAGAGAUCAGAAAGUCACUGGUGUGGACGGUCAGUGCCCCACUUUGCAGGCAUCCCCAGUGGGCUGGGAAGUAGAAUGAGCCCUUCUCGCUCCGUCCCGGGAGGGCUGUGUAUGGAGCCCGGUGACUGCCCUGAGAACCUUCUGAAAUCCUGCACGGGGCCAAGAGCAGGGACACUGGGUGGAUGUCUUGUGUGUCGCCAUGAUCAGAUCAAAACUGUGCUGGUAUUUCAUGGUUUGGGUUCAGUCUGGGCGUGUUUACCCUAUGGAUCAGUGGCACCCCUGUAUCAUAUGGAAGGCUUUUCUUAGCACCCGGUAUUCUGCCACUAGUAUUUAUAAUGUUUAGACACAGUGCUGGUUUUUCACUUCUCUCUGUAAAGCCUUUUGUUACAUUGAAAAGAGAUCUUUAAGAGAUGAAUAGAAAUCAAGAGGAGUUCAUGAAAUAAAAUCUCUAUCUUAAUGGAACAACAAAUAUAGUGAGAUCAUUUUAACAUUUCACAACUGUUUCAGAUCGAGGCGUCACAUAGAAUGGAAACUUUACUCUGCAUUGUCUGAUGCUAGAUGCUCACCUUCCCAGAGUGGCAAGAGCAUCAGCCUAUCUCUCUUAAACCACAUGUCUCUAUGUGUCUUUUAGUGCCACAAAUAAAAGAAAAUGAAACUGUA